GACCCUUUGUACUAACGUGAAAGUAGGGGUGCUACAUCUUCAGAUCUACGGACAACGAGCAGCAAGAUGAACUAGAUCAACGGCCAAAGAAACGAAGAAAGAUUGGAGCCUCCAGCCAUGACGCAGUGAACAAAGAUGAGGCAUUCACUUGGCCAAGACUCCUUGGAGGCCAGGAGUCCCCUGAAGGCCCUCAUCUUCGGCAGCAGUUGUUCGAAGCAGUAUGGGCUGAACAACAGGCGAAGAUUGACGCCGUCACAGGGAGAGUCGACGAGACCUUUGUAGAUGAGAUGCUUGAAUAUAUGCGCAACUAUGAAGUGGAAAAGUCCGAUGGCAGGAUUGGUACUGGGCUAGUCGUCUCUACCCACGGCAGAGACGCAUACAAAGACCUCUUCCGCGGUUGGGAGAACGGUCACUCUCCUACCUCCACAGAUCUCUUGAUACGACUUCAACCCAGCCAUGCACCGAGCCUCCAGAUCGCGUUGAAGAACAUCAUCAGGUUCGCCCUAUCUCAACGACAGGGCAUGGAUGAAUACAACACUUUCCUCGCGGCCAACAAGGGUAUGAUUCCGAUGAGCUUUGAUCUUGAAUUGCUCCAUCGCUAUUCAAUAAAGCACGAUGUAAACAGAGUUCUGGUCUUCGUCUCGGAUAUUGAAGCAUUUGAUACUGGUGUCUUUUCUGAGUUGGUCGCGACAUUCAGCUCCUGGACAGAUCGAAUACCGUUUGUCCUAUUUAUCGAGAUAUCAACGACGAUAGCACUAUUCGAAUCGAGGCUUUCCAGGUCGACGAUUAACCAGCUUGAUGCUCGAGUCUUCGAAUCCUUGCACGCCGACAACCAGAACGAUCUUCUUUUUGAAAUCUACGCCACGAUUCAGGACUCUGGCGCAGAUGUGUUUAUCGGUCCUUCCACCGUUGGAGUCCUUGCGGAACUGGCGCAAGACCAAAGCUGCACGACCGAGACUCUGCUACGGGCGCUCAAAUAUGUGUUCAUGUCACAUUUCUUCGCGAAUCCUCUGUCCGUUCUUCUUCGUUCCAAUACUGAUACAGUAUCACCUGGUGUUCUGUCGCUGGCGCAGAUUCUUCGUAACACCCCAGGUUUCCGAGCACAUUGCGAGCACCUUGCAAACGGCACAAAGGCUCAGAGACAGCGACUCCGAGCUCUUCUGAGCUCAGACGCAACACUGGAAACAGAAUCAAUCCAGUGUCUUCGUGCAGGCCGUGAACGGAUGCGUUCCAUGCUGACAACAGUAACCUCCACGAGAUUUGUUUACCAGCACCUGCAUGGCACAACAACAAUGUCGUCGUUCGAAGUUCAAACAGAGCUACUCGCCUCCCUGCCAGACUUGUCUCAGUCCGAGAUCUUCAACGACAUAGAAACAACCAUUAGAUCGAUGGGGACUUUCAAAGACUUCCAGGAUUUUAUAUCUGCGAUAUCGGAAGCGUUAGAAGACCUCAACGCUUUCGAACCUGACUUGGAGGACUACGGAACUGAUCAAUCAAUUCCUACCCUGAGCUCCAUCCGAGAUGAACUCCAACUUGACCUCCGGAACAGAGAUUUGUCCGAAUUGACAAAUGCAUUCUUGAACCUACUGAAUUGCUAUAUUCAGUCAAGAACAACUUAUACGCAUGCAGGCCCAGAAGCAAUCCCCUGGACCACCUUCAUGGCCGAGGCCUACAUAUACAACCUCAAAUCACCACUAAACGCCAUUGUCCACCCUCGCACACGCUAUGCUCUUGAACGUGCUCUGACGCGCCCGUCAGACUAUCUGGGUUGUGACUGCUGCAUGCCAGAUAAAGGCGCCGUUCUCGAUAAAACAACUUUACCACCAACGUGCCUACUGCUCAGCAUGCUCAACGAAGCGGGAACCGUGAUCAACGUGCGUGAUUUGUGGGAUGCGUUUCGGGGUAUGGUGGCGCCCUCGCUUGGGUAUAGCGGGACUGAGCAGAACGGCGACAAAGAUUCAGAAGGCAAUGAAGAAGGUCUUGAAGACAUGGACGAGGCCACAGAGCGCAAAGCCCUAGCUUUGUUCUACCGCUCUGUUGCAGAGUUGCGGCAUCUAGGCCUAAUCAGGCAGAGCAAGAGAAAGCCAGGCGUCGACUGCGUUGCAAAGACAGCUUGGAUGGGCCUAUAGUCAGAUGGCCUUGACAACGACAACGAUAAUCAACGGUCCAAUGGUACGCUGAGAUUCCUUCCUUGAUUGGGUUUUCGCCGAGCACAACAACCAGCGUAUUCGGGCCUGGAAAGUAGUGAGUCCGGCAGUAUGACUAGUGAAUACCCAGCCGAUUCAACGCCUAGCCAUGCGUACGAAGACAAUGACGCCAGUCGGAGACGGUACGCAACGAUCUGAUAUCGUUGAAGGCGAGAUAGACUUGGACUGCAAUGGAAGCAAUACCGUCCAGUUUAAAGAGCUGUCCGUGACUCCGACCCCUGGAGUGGAAGCUACAUCGACUGAGACAUGCUCAAAUCGAGCUCCUGAAGCAUAUCAGUUUCAUCCUUGUCCUUCAUGUUGACACAGUUCACGACUGAUGAAUGGUAUGGAAGAAGUGCGAGAAACUAGGAGCAAUAUUCGAUUAGCGCUGUGUCAACAGGUGCUCGGGUAACGGAUAUCGGGAGACGACGUUUUCAGAGAGAAGAUUGAUUCAACACAGUGGGAUUUGAGAGUUGGAGCAAUCAUCAGGGCCAGCUUGAGGCUGCUACCAACGCCACUUCAGGCUAAGGAUGAUACAAAUGUUCAUCAUAGAAUGGGAAUGAGGACAAAAGGCUUGCUUACAUGUCCGCACAUCCUGUGCCCCAAAAUUGACAAAUACCAUCG